CGCAAUGCACUUGAAGUCAAUCGUAUUGCGUAGUUUCGUUUCGAAUCGCUUUUGUUUGUUGACACGUGUGGCACGGGACGUGCUGGGACAGUAUUCAACAGUAUCAUUUCGAAAACGCAGUCAACGAGGAAACACUAUGUCUGAAGCAGAAAAUACGGGACUGGCCAGUCCAAGGGAGGAGGAGAGGGAGUCCCAGUCCCAAUCUCGGGGCGAACGGGAGCCUCGGUCCAGGAGCGUAUCGCCACAUACGUCCAAGGGCGAAUCGCGACAUUCGUCCAGGAGCGUAUCGUGGUAUCAGUCCCGGAGCGACUGGCAACUUUGCCGUAGGCGCGACACAGAGCAAGAGCUGAAGAGACAACUAAAGGAGGCAGACGAAGUACUGAAGAGACUAAUAAGGGAGAACAGCUACCUGAAAAGAAGAUUGCGACAGGCGAUAUAUUAUUAUGGCAGAGGAGGAAGAGGCGGAAGAGGAGGGGGAGCGACGAGAAAUGUUUACAUUUAUUUUAGAAAUAGAUGAAAUAUUAUCUAAAUAAAUAUAUUUUUUUAAUAUA